UUUAGUUUCCACCGGACAUAAAACUUUAAGCUUCUGCCGUAAAGACCAAACAAAAACAAAAACACAAAAAUGGUCGAGUGUAGCAAUAAUCUUGUCGGAAUCCUCAACUUCUUCACCUUCCUCCUCUCGGUCCCCAUCCUCUCCGCCGGGAUCUGGCUCGGCAAAAACGCAGCCACCGAAUGUGAGCGUUUCCUCGACAAACCGAUCGUCGUUCUCGGAAUCUUCCUCAUGUUCGUCUCCAUCGCCGGUCUCGUCGGCGCUUGCUGCCGUGUCUCUUGCCUCCUGUGGCUCUACCUUUUCGCUAUGUUCCUUCUCAUACUCCUCGGGUUCUGUUUCACCAUAUUUGCCUUCGUCGUCACCAACCGCGGCGCCGGCGAGGUUUUGUCGGAUAGAGGGUAUAAGGAGUACCGUGUUGGAGACUACUCCAACUGGCUGCAGAAGCGAGUUAGCAACGCUGAGAAUUGGGAUCGGAUCAGGAGCUGCUUGGUUUACUCCAACGUGUGUUCCACUUUCAGUAGUCGCUACGCUAGUGUCAAAGUUAACGAGUUCUACAAGACUAAUCUCAAUGCCCUUCAGUCUGGUUGCUGUAAGCCGUCCAAUGACUGUAACUUCACCUACGUGAGCCCGACUAAUUGGACAAAGACUACUGGUCCAUACACCAACGAGGACUGUAACGUCUGGGACAACAAACCGGGGACUCUAUGCUACAACUGCCAAGCCUGCAAGGCCGGUCUGCUUGAUAACCUCAGAAAUUCCUGGAAAAAAGUGGCUGAGGUGAACAUUGUCUUCCUAGUAUUCCUCAUUAUCGUCUACUCUGUUGGGUGUUGUGCCUUCAGGAACAACAGGAAACGGCGAUGGCGUUAGUUCCUUAUGUGCUGAUAUACAAAAGAAGCCCCCUCCAAACCAAGACAAUCAUCUUGCUCUUGAAUAUGUAAAUUGCAGGCUUAAGACAACUCGUUGAUCACUUGAUCUUGUGUGUGUGAGAGAGAGGUUGCGUUUCUGUGUAUUUUCUCUAUUAAAUAUGCAACAUAUAUUUUACUAAAUGAGUUACAACAGAUCUUGCUUUGUGCUUCCUAUUUCUAGUAUUUUGUGUGUGUAGUAUAUAGCUUCUUCAUCUGUUAAUUAGUCGAUUUUUUUAAUGUCU